AUGGAGCAUGGGGUCCAGCUUGAGGCCUUCAGGCUGUACCUGGCGCCCUUGUCCUGCCCAUGGCCCAGGGGAGCCUUCUCUGUGGUCCGCAGAUGUGUAAAGAAAAGUUCUUCACAGGAGUAUGCUGCAAAAAUCAUCAACACCAAAAAACUAUCAGCCAGAGAUCACCAGAAACUGGAACGUGAAGCUCGAAUCUGCCGGCUCUUAAAGCAUCCAAAUAUCGUGCGGCUCCAUGACAGUAUUUCAGAAGAAGGUUUCCAUUACCUCGUCUUUGAUCUGGUUACUGGUGGGGAGCUCUUUGAAGAUAUUGUUGCCAGAGAAUACUAUAGUGAAGCAGAUGCCAGCCACUGUAUUCAUCAGAUACUGGAGAGUGUGAAUCACAUUCACCAGCACGAUAUCGUGCACAGGGACUUGAAGCCUGAGAAUCUGCUACUGGCAAGUAAAUGUAAGGGUGCUGCUGUCAAACUGGCUGACUUCGGACUGGCCAUAGAAGUGCAGGGAGAACAGCAGGCCUGGUUUGGGUUUGCUGGCACUCCAGGCUACCUCUCCCCUGAAGUCUUAAGAAAAGAUCCGUAUGGAAAACCAGUGGAUAUAUGGGCAUGUGGAGUGAUUCUGUACAUAUUACUAGUGGGGUACCCUCCCUUUUGGGAUGAAGAUCAGCACAAGCUCUAUCAGCAGAUCAAAGCCGGAGCCUAUGACUUCCCGUCACCCGAGUGGGACACUGUGACUCCUGAAGCAAAGAAUUUAAUCAAUCAAAUGCUAACGAUAAACCCAGCAAAGCGCAUCACAGCUGACCAGGCUCUCAAACAUCCAUGGGUCUGCCAACGAUCCACUGUUGCUUCAAUGAUGCACAGGCAGGAGACUGUGGAAUGCUUGAGAAAGUUCAAUGCUAGAAGGAAGCUAAAGGGCGCAAUCCUCACAACAAUGCUUGUGUCUCGGAAUUUUUCAGGCCUCCCCACUGCUGGGGCUAAAAUUCGGGUCAAGUACCCAAUGCUUCUCAGCAGCUGCUUAGGAGAGGCAUCGUUGUGCCAGUCCAGCCAGUCUCCAGCUUGCUCUUUGCAGGAGAGGUUCAAGCAAAAGGGUGCAGCCUUCAUGGAUAGGUGUGUCCAGAAAAGGAAGUCGAGCUCCAGUGUGCAUUUGAUGCCACAGAGCAACAACAAAACCAGUAUAGUAAGCACUGCAAAAGAAACAUCCCCAGUGCAGACGUCCAUGGAGCCUCAAACAACUGUUGUCCAUAAUGCUACAGAUGGCAUAAAGGGAUCCACAGAGAGCUGUAACACCACUACCGAAGAUGAGGAUCUCAAAGCUCCCCCGCUCUCCACCGGGGACGGCAGCUCAGUGCUUGAAGGACGGAGGCACAGUGAGAGCAAAACACAGACUGAGUCCAUGCAGUCCCAGCUUUCUCUCUGUUUCUCAGCCACUACACAGUCUUGCGAAGAGAAGCUUCUUGCCUGGGACAGCCCAGGGCAGACAUUGGAGUUAGAGCGCGCUCGGUCGGAGCCUUUGCUCACUCCAGUAGUUCCCUUUGCCCUUAACAGCGCUCCGCUGCGUAAGCAAGAGAUCAUUAAGAUAACGGAGCAGCUGAUAGAAGCCAUCAACAAUGGAGACUUUGAGGCAUAUACGAAAAUCUGUGAUCCUGGUUUGACCUCAUUUGAACCUGAAGCACUGGGAAACCUCGUUGAGGGAAUGGAUUUCCACAAGUUUUACUUUGAGAACUUACUGUCAAAGAACAGCAAGCCAAUACACACGACCAUCCUGAACCCCCACGUGCACGUCAUCGGGGAGGACGCUGCCUGCAUCGCCUACAUCCGCCUGACGCAGUACAUCGACGGCCAGGGCCGGCCCCGCACCACGCAGUCGGAGGAGACCCGCGUGUGGCACCGCCGCGAUGGCAAGUGGCUGAACGUCCACUAUCACUGCUCUGGAGCGCCCGCAGCGCCUCUCCAGUGAGGAUCCAGCACGGCAACUUGUGGAGAUACUCAGCUGGAGGGCAAUAUCUUCUUAGCAAGCAGCUCUGGAGUGCCUGAGUGACAGCAAAUGGUCAUGUCUGUUUUGACGUUAAAAAAAUAAGUAAAUAAAUACAAAUUACAAACAGGCAGCAGCCAAAUGCACGAAACCCUGCAUGCAUCUGAUGCUCCGGGCGCUGCCUUUCUGUUGUUUUCCAUGGAUCCAUCGUGUCUGUUUCUGCUGUACGAAGGUGUUUUUAAAUCUUAAAAAAAAAAAGAAAAAGAAAAAAAAAGAAAAAAAAGACAUGUUGUUUGUAUAAAAUAACAAAAACAGGAGUAAUGCUAAAUAAACGACAGAUUAUUCAACACGCUCCCCUCUCCCAGGGCUAAGAAAAUGGCAGCAGCUGGAACAUCUUGCAGAAAUGAAGUGAAGGGGAAGGCAAAAGUGAAGGAGAGAGAAAGAGAGAGAAGGAGAGCAAGAAGGAGGCGGCUUGAGCA